AUGGCCAACCUGCCAUCCAUCCCUUUUACAGGCUCUCUCAGACAGGAGGUUCUACAGUUGCAGCUGUCGGCCAAGGGCCCCCUGUCUCUCAAAGGUAACUUAGCAGCCGAACUCCAACCCCUGGCCUGCUUCAAGCCUAAUUCAUCGUUCAUGUAACCUGGACCCACAUACUAAUGUGUCCCUACGUCACCUGGACUAAUUUGAUGCCCAUGGCCAUCUGUCAACUAUUCCCGCUUGACCAUCACAUCCCAGUACUUCUCCACCCACUUGACUAACUCAUCUUUACCAUUAGUCAUUGUUACAGUUCAUAUGGUAUUGCAUGGCUCAUGCCCAUGACCUUACAGGUGUAGUAGCUAGGUUUGCAUAUUCCAAACAAUGUCCUCAGGCUUUCACUGCCUUAUGUUUUACCCUGCCUCACGUCACCUCAGCUGGUCCCAUGUCCCAGGAUUCCCAGCCUUCUCUCUCCCUCUGACCUACUAACACUGUAUCGCAUCUUGGAUACUCCCAGCUCCACCCUCCCCUCUGCACACUGACCUAACUCCUCUCAUAGAGGCUUCAUUCAGAAUGCUGCAUAAACUGUAGCAUUACCAUUCGUCAGAAUUUCUGCAGAUGUUUGGGGUCCAACCUGGGGAGCCAACCUCACUGAUUAACUAACUCCUUUUGAGCCUAGCCUAUUUAUGCUAGGUUGUGAUCACUGGAGUAAGGCGGUGUGGCCAUGUGUGAUUGUCUCCUCACUGUCUCUGCCAUCUGUCAGGUUAGGGCCACAGUCCGGUAGCUUUACUACUGGCAGUGCCAGUCGGCUCGGCUGUGUCUGAGGGAUUAACCCUUCAGGCAGCGGGCGCACCGACCAUCAUUCCCAGUUUAGCUGCGUGUGACGUGCCCGUGUGUGUCAGCACUGGGGAGAGAAUAGACCCUGCUCUCUAUAAGUAGAGGGUCCUGGGAUGUCAUUACAGACACAGACUGACAGCUGAGCGAGCCACUGACCAAGACAAAGUUCACCUCUAACUCCCACACUCAUAUCUCUCUCUGCAUCUCCUUCCCUUUCCCUCUCUCCUCCUAUCCUCCACUCCUCAUUAUUUCUAUCCUCGUUCUUUCUCUCUCAUAGGGGGGGUGAAGGGUGGGUCUGGUGCCAGUGAUGAUGACCUGGCGUCUGAUGUGCUCAGUCACUACAGCAGUGCCAGCGAGAGCGCCUCGGUGCUGGACGAGGGCACAGGUGGGUACACACACAAACUAGCUAAGUCAACAUGCAUGUGCCCUCACACUACUAAACACCGGUGUGUCAUGCAGUUGAUAUAAGCUCUUUGCCUUUGUUUUUGUGUUGACCUAUUGUUUCUUUUGUGUGUCCACCACAGGAGCAGGUGAGCCACUAGAUGAUCAGAUUGCCCAGGAGGAGACCGAGGACAAGCUGAAACAAUGCAUAGAUAACCUGAUGGACAAGAGGUGGGUCUCGCAGGAUUUAAACUGUUUUUACAGAAGGACUUACUGUACACUUUCUAAUUUCCCCAAAAAGUCACCAACGUUGCUAGUAAGGGUAGGUAACAAAACAUCUGCCACACUGAUCCUCAACACAGGGGCCCCUCAGGGGUGCGUGCUCAGUCCCCUCCUGUACUCCCUGUUCACCCAUGACUGCAUGGCCAGGCACGACUCCAACACCAUCAUUAAGUUUGCCGACGACACAACAGUGGUAGGCCUGAUCACCGACAACGAUGAGACAGCCUAUAGGGAGGAGUUCAGAGACCUGGCCGUGUGGUGCCAGGAUAACAACCUCUCCCUCAACGUGACCAAGACAAAGGAGAUGAUUGUGGACUACAGGAAAAAAAAAGUGACAAAAAAUGACUGAGCAGUGGAACAGGUUGAGAGCUUCAAGUUCCUUGGUGUCCACAUCACCAACGACUAUCAUGGUCCAAACACACCAAGACAGUUGUGAAGAGGGCACGACAAAGCCUAUUCCCCCCCAGGAGACUGAAAAGAUUUGGCAUGGGUCCUCAGAUCCUCAAAAAAUUAUACAGCUGCACCAUCGAGAGCAUCCUGACUGGUUGCAUCACUGCCUGGUAUGGCAACUGUUCGGCCUCCGACCGCAAGGCACUACAGAGGGUAGUGCGUACGGCCCAGUACAUCACUGGGGCCAAGCUUCCUGCCAUCCAGGACCUCUAUACCAGGCGGUGUCAGAGGAAGGCCCUAAAAAUUGUCAAAGACUCCAGCCACCCUAGUCAUAGACUGUUCUCUCUGCUACCGCACGGGAAGCGGUACCGGAGUGCCAAGUCUAGGUCCAAAAGACUUCUCAAUAGCUUCUACCCCCAAGCCAUAAGACUCCUGAACAGCUAAUCAUGGCUACCCGGACUAUUUGCACUGUCCCCCACCCCAUCUUUUUACGCUGCUGCUACUCUGUUAAUUAUUUAUGCAUAGUCACUUUAACUCUACCCACAUGUACAUAUUACUUCAACUACCUCAACUAGCCGGAGCCCCUGCACAUUGACUCUGCACCGGUACCCCCCGUGUG